GGGCAGGGGAGAAGUGGCAGCGAUAGAGGAAUCUUCUGUUCCUAGAGGAAAUAGCAAUGACCCCACAGAGCUGAGGACACCACGGGAAGAUGAGAAAGCUCACUGGGGAAGAAGCCCUUGACCUCCCAGAUGCCCAGCACUGGGUGUGCAGCAGAGCUGGUGAUUCCAGCUGGGGAGGUGAGGACUCCACUGCGAGCUGAGCGGGAACAGCCCCUUCCCAUGAUUGAGGCCCCAGAGGCACGGAAUGGUCAGAAUGCCGGUGGCUGAGGGAGGCACGGGGGCAGCUGCUGGAGGAGGGAGACACGCAGAAGGAGCAUUUCAGGCACUGGAAGGACAGGUCAUUUCUCUGCCCCGCCUCCGCUCCUUCCUUUGCUGCCCCCAGAGAGUGGUUUCCGGCAGCUCUGUUAUCUCGGGGCUGGCAGGUGGUUUCUGCCUCUCCCUCACUCAGCAAACACGCAGCUUGGUCUCGGCAUGCACCUCGCCUAUCUCAUCCUCACGGUCUUCCUGGGCCAGCUCCUGGUGGCUGUGGCCAGAGCCCAGGUCCAGCAGGAGCCACGGCUGGAGACCACCGAGAACACCGGCAUCAACAUCAGCUGCUCACAUCCCAAAAUCCAGACCGGAGAGUCUAUCUACUGGUACCGUCAUCUCCCGGGCCGAGGACCCGAAUUCCUAGCACUCAUUGUGAAAGAGUCCAAAGAGCUGCCGGACAUUGCGGGCGGUCUGUGGGUGUCGGCAGAUCGCCGGAGCAGCGCGCUGUGGCUCCGGCGGCCCCGGCGCGGGGACGCGGCCGUGUAUUACUGCGCGCUGGGGACACGGGCAGAGGAGCCGGGGCUGCGGCCGGGCACGAACCGCCGCGGGCGGGCAUCUUCUUCAGGGGAGGGACCUUCUGCCAUAGUAGCACCUGGAAAUGCCAGACGGGUCACAGCCCCCGGAGGUGAUGGGCGCUCUGCCAGUGCUGAGGAUGCUGCCAACAUCAGCAGAGGUGGAGGAUCCCACGGCGGUGGGAAGGAGCUGAGGAUGGGACCCGGCAGGCUCAUAACCACAGGCGAGGGCUGGAUGGCCACGGUGGAGUCCUGGCACUGCCGGACACAGGGCUCAUUGCAGCUGUUUGCCGGUGGCGUGGGGCCACAGGGCUGGCAGGGCCAGCACGGGGUGUAG